AUCAAGAUGGCGGAAUACUGGAAGUCAACACCAAAGUAUUGGUGCAAGUACUGCGAAGUCUUCGUCAAGGAUACCAAAUUCGAGAAGCAACAGCACGAAGCUACAGGCCGCCACCAAGGCAACAUCCGGCGCUCCCUCAAGGGCUUACACCGCGAACAAGAAAUCGAAGCGCGCAAACAGGCGCAAGCGAAAGCCGAGGUUACGCGCCUCAAUGGCCUUGUUCCUGGAGCAAGCGGCGCAGGUCCAUCGGUCGCAGCAGGCGUUGGCGACAAAGCUACAUUUGCGAAGAAGGAACCGCAGAAGAAGGCAACAGUUGAAGACAGGAAGAGACAAUGGGAACAGCUAGCGGCUAUGGGUGUUGCGCUGCCUGAGGAAGCACGGCAAGAUAUGGGCAUGGCAGGAGAUUGGAAGGUAGUGACGAAGAAAGUAGUCGGAGAGGUCAAUGAGCAGGGCCGGUUCGAGGACAAGCAGCUGAACAAGGGUGUGCAUAAGAGGAAGAUUGACGAGACCGAGGAAGACCGGAUAGCAGCGGAAGGCUUGAUCACGAAGAAGAAGGGCUGGGGUCACACAUACAAAGCAUUCCCUGGAAAUAAGGGCAACGACGACGAUAACCUAGAAGCGCUGUUCGGGGCGAAAAAGUCUCCAGAGGUCAAAGAAGAGUCUAAUGUGAAGAGAGAGGAGCCAGUGAAAGAUGAAGAGGCCACAAAGACAUUGCAGGACAUACCCACAGCAGAAGAAGCAGAAGCAAAUGCUGCUACGGCGCCAGUAAAGCAGGAGGAAGACGCACCGGCUGCACCAGCUGUGGUGUUCAAGAAAAGGAAGAAGACCAAGGGUUGAGUUACUGCCAUGAGAGAAUUCCAAGAACUACACAACAACAACCGCUCGAGAUAUGCUCUGGAGUUAUCAUCCGUAGACGAACACCUCCACGCCUUUCUAUUGGCGCCGAAAUCAGGUUGAAAAGAUACUUUGGAGGCACGGUGAACACAGAGUAAAGAGAUCAGACCAAACCUCUCACUCGAAGUAUGAAUGCUCGGGCUGUGUACAUAUACAUCUGGCGAGGCAUUGGUCCAAGAAAUCAGGGAGGGUCUGUAAGAAUGGGCUCAAGAUCAAAUGUUGAUAGUACAGCGAACGUCAGUAUUGGAGCAUCUUCAACAUGGCAG